AUGAAGGUCCUUUUUGUCGCCGCACUCCCCUUGUUUGGGUUUUUUGGCACAGCCCUCACCUCCCCAACCGUUGCGCCGGCGACAAUUCAGGGACGAGCAGACGCGUCUGGUUUACUCGACGCCCUGAUUACAAGUGUGAAAGUGCAAACAGGUGCCAUUAAUGCUACGCUCGCUGCUUUACCCGCAGGGGCUAAUAUCACACAGCAGGACGACGCUGGUCUCGCGAUCCACACUGCUCUGACCGAGAUGACCAACGUGAUCAACGCGGCCAUCUCCGACGUUAAUGCUCUUGGAACAUCGACGAAGGAGAAGAGACAGCUGGAUGUCCUUGCUAUUGCUGCCCUAAUCGCUGCGCUCCUGGUAGAGAUCAGCGCGACACUCGAUGCUGUUAUCGCUGUGUUUGGCAUUGGGGCCUUGCUCGGGUACUUGAAUCCACUGACUGGGGCCUUGAGCGCGCUCAUCCUUGCGCUUACCGUAGUAAUUGAUGGCCUACUUGUUGUCGUUACUGCACUAUUGAACACAUUGUUGAUUGGCUUGAGUGUCGCUCUUGCUGGAUUAUCGUUUUGA